AUGGUCGAUACCGAUUAUAAAAAGGUAAGAAAAUUUGAGGGUGGACUUCGAAAUGCAAUUCAAGAAAAAGUAAAUGUCCUGAAAUUACCAAAGUACGUGGAUGUUCUUGAUAGGGCUUUAAUGUCUAAGGAAAAUUUGGCAUCCCAUAAUAGGCCAUUCGAAUGGAAAGGAAAGAGGCACGGUUCCUAUUCGAAUAAAGGAUCAUCACCUUCAAGGAAGCAAAAUUUGGGAACGUCUAGACACAUGGCCAGAGAUUGUCCCCGAAAUGAACAUAAAAGUGGAAGACUAGCUGCUAGUUCAACUGGGUAUGUCCCAAUGCUAGGAAACACUACACGGCCUGCUGUUAUAAGAAAGACACUAAGGCAAUGGAGAGUUUUUGCACUCGUCCCAAGUGAUACACGGACUACUGAAGACGUUAUCUCAGUUACCCUUUUUAUUUGCAACCAAAAUGCUUAUGUGCUAAUUAAAUUGGGUUCGACACAUUCCUUUGCAUCUGUUGUAUUUGCAUCUAAACUAAAUAGACUUAUGGAAUCAUUGCCAUAUCUGUUGUGUCUAUUUGCUUCAUUUGGGAAAUCUAUUCUAUGUUCAUCUAUAUAUUGUGGUUGUGAAAUACGUGUUGGAGAUACUACAUUAUUUCUAGAUUUGUUACCUCUUGACAUUAGACAUUUUGAUGUGAUUUUGGGAAUGGACUGGUUGUCUAAAUAUUGUGCUACCAUUGAUUAUGUAACGAAACAGGUUUUGUUUAGACCUCCGGGACAUGAAGAAUUUGUAUUUGUGGGUAAUGGUGUAGUACAUCCACCUUACUUGAUUUCGAUAAUGAAAGCAUGCAAACUACUUAACAAAGGAUGUCAGGGUUAUCUGUGUAGUAUUUUGACUAAUCAGCUUAUGAAUAUUGUGUUAUAUGAUAUUCCUAUUGUUAGAGAAUUUUCAAAGGUGUUUUUAGAGAAAUUUCUAGGGGAAUUAGUUGAUAGGUAA